AUGACGCAUGGAGGAGGGCUUUUCCUGUUCGUACUCUUCGUUCUGCUGGGCUCCUUGUCACGUGCUGGAGGUGCCCCAGGACGUGAGGACCGACGUCCGAUAAACGGGAGCUCCUUCCCGCCGGGCUUCAUUUUCGGGACUGCGUCUUCAGCUUAUCAGUGGAGCGAAAUGGGAUCCCCAUCGGGCCUCAGGCUGCUUCAACAUGGCUGCAUGUGUACCCACGAGGAAUCCGAGGUGUAUUGGUCUACCUCAAGGAAAGAUACAAACAACAACCCCAUUAUUUACAUUACCGAGAAUGAAGUAUUUGUGUCCGUUUAUAUCACUGCCAGAGUUGAUGAGUUCAACAACGGUUCCUUGUCAUUGGAGGAAGCGCUGCAAGACGACAUGAGGAUCGACUACUAUCAUGCCCAUCUUUUAUUUGCUCAAACUGCCAUAAGGGAUGGUGUGGAUGUGAGGGGCUACUUUGCUUGGUCAUUGUUGGACAACUUUGAAUGGGCAGAUGGUUUCACCGUUAGAUUUGGCCUUAAUUACGUGGAUUAUAAAGAUGGUCUGAAGAGAUACCCAAAGCAAUCCGCCCUUUGGUUUCAGCAGUUUCUUAGAGGGUGUGAAGGUAGAGAGAAUUCCAUCUCCUCCACAUGAUAAGUGGGACAUGGACCACAAUAUCCGUACAAAAACGUCACAUGUAUGAUUUAACUUUAUGGAUCUAUUCUCAAAAUCAUCCUUUCAAGGUGAAUAUUGCAUUGUGUACUUAUUAUUGUUUACGUGUGUAUAUAUUUAUUCAUUUUAUUAUAUUGAGGUUUUUCAAUGUUUGAAUUUAUACUAAUGAAUGUAAUUAUUUCAUAAUAAAAUAUCUUCACAGAUAUUGAGAUUGGUUA